AUCUCGAAGGACCAGCUUGCCACGGUCCUGCGGAAGCAGCUUGCGCAGAACCCGACAAACGCGGACCUUGAGGCGGCAGCACAGUUGGCCGACAGUGGGGGAAAAAUCAGUCUCGACGAUCUUUGCUUCUUCCUCGUCGAGAAUGCGAAGCCCAUGCCCUCGCAGACCCAGCUUGCCAAGGCGUUCACGGUGCUUGACAAGGACGGCUCGGGCUACCUCGAGAAGGACGAGCUGAAGAAAAUUGUCUCCACGGUGGGCGAAAAGUUCUCUUCCGAUGAGCUUGCAGCGCUCGACGCCGUCCUUCUAAAGGUGGGCGGAGACAAUGGCAAGAUUGACUUCGCCGAGUUCAGCAACCUCGUC